AUGUCUUCUUGCUGCUCGUCUCACAUUCAAACACCUGGGUUGUGCUCUUGUGGAUUCAGUCCAGUUCUCAGGACGUCAUGGACUGAUGCAAAUCCAGGAAGGAGGUUCUGGGGAUGUAGCCAAUACGUGAGGAAUCGAAGCCGAGAUUGUAACUUCCACAUGUGGCAUGACCCAGCUGUUGGGGAUAGAGCGAAGAACAUCAUACCAGGCUUGCUCCGAAGGAUUCAACGACUGGAGGACGAAAUAAUGCGAAGGAGAAACAAGGAGAAGAUGUUGUUCAUCUGGUUGAUUAGCGCACUUGUUAUUAUCUGUUUUCUUGUAAUUGUUUGUGUUGUCAUUGUACUUUGA